UCCCAGCUGAGUCCGGAGAUGGAUGUGUUCGGGGGGGCCCCUCGGUUCCUUGCCUACCCCCGCACUUUCACAGUGCAGAGUGGUGCUGAUGCCGUCCUGAAGUGCCAGAUCGCGGGUGACCCACGCCCCAGCAUCAUCUGGGAGAAGGACAAAUCCCCGAUCGUGCUGCUGGGCCGCUUCCAGGUUGAGGCUGAGGGGAACGUGUACAGCCUGUCGAUUUCCCAGGUGACCCCAGCGGACAGCGGGCAGUAUGUCUGCAAGGCCAAGAAUGCCAUCGGGGAGACCUACGCUGCUGCCACACUCAAGGUGGAGGCGGGGAAGCUGCAACAGGAGGGAGACCCUGAGGAUGUGCCCCCCGUCUUUCUGAGCAAGCCGCUCUCCUGGCAGGUCUGCCGGGGGGAGGACGUGAUGUUCACCUGCAGGGUCUCGGGGCAGCCUUGCCCUGUGCUGCAGUGGGAGAAGGAUGGGCGCCAGUUGUCGGAUCUCUUUGAGAGCAGCCAUUUCUCCGUGGGGAAGGAGCCGGACGACUGGCAUUUCCUGAAGCUCUUUAGCGCCCGGCCCCCGGACGGAGGGGUCUAUGUGUGCAGGGCGCAGAACCGCUCCGGGGAGGCCCUGGCAGCAGCUGUGCUCCUGGUCGACCCCAUGGCUCGUGGGCUGCCAGACUGCUGGCCCCUGAGCCAUUUCAGUAAGCAGCCGGAUCAGCACGGUGACAGGAGACUCCGCCACGGGCAGCGCGCCGCACCCUGGCUGGCCCGGCCCAAUGGCGAGGUGGCGCCCGGCGCACCCAAAGCCAAGGCCUUUGCUGUGAGCGAGGGGAAGCACGCCAAGCUGCGGUGCUACGUGACAGGCAAGCCGAAGCCCGAGAUUGUGUGGAAGAAGGACGGGAAGGUCGUUGCGCCAGACAGGAGGCACCUGGUCUAUGAGGACAGGGAAGGCUACUUCAUCCUGAAAGUGCUGUACUGCAAGGCCCGGGACCAGGGGCUGUACGUCUGCACCGCCUCCAACACGGCCGGCCAGACCCUCAGUGCCGUGCAGCUCCAUGUGAGAGAGCCCCGGGUGCGGUUCCAGUUGCAGCUGGAGGAUGUGGAGGUGCAGGAAUGUGAGGACGCCGUGCUGGAGUGCAAGGUGCCCUUGGAGACCAUCCCCACGGCCUGGUACCUGGAGGACAAGCAGCUGCAGCCAAGCCACAAGUACGUGAUUGAGGAGCAGGGCCUGGUGCGACGCCUGACCAUCCGCGAUGCCCGCACUGACGACGAUGGCAUCUACCUCUGCGAGAUGAAGGACAAAGGGCGCAGCAUUGCUGAGGUCUCCGUCAGAGGGGCGAUCGUGAAGCGGCUCCCGCGGAAGCUGGACGUCAUGGAGGGGGAGAAUGCUGCCUUCUGCGUGGAGACCCGGGACGCCGUGGAGGGAAUCCGCUGGAGCCGGAAUGGGCUGGAGCUGCGGGAGACACCAUGCACUGUGCUGAAGAGCUUCGGCAAAACCCACCUGCUGGUCCUGGUGCAUGUGACGCGGGAGGACGCUGGGGUCAUCUCCUUCAGCGUGGGGGAGUCGCAGACGUCCGCCCAGCUUCGCAUCAAAUGUGCAAAGCGCGUCCCCCCGAGUGCGCCCGUGGCUGCCGAGAUGAGCACGGACCGCAGCAACGCUGCCCUCCUGACGUGGUGCCCCGGGCCUGAUGUGCACAGGACCCCCCCCAGCAGCUACGUCCUGGAGCGGCAGGAGGCCAGCACGGCCGAGUGGGUGCAGUGCCUUACCACGGACCUGGCCAGCAUGGUGGAGGUGCUCGGGGACAGCGUGCCCGCCGAGGCAGACUACUGCUUCCGCAUCUGUGCCGUCAACAAGUAUGGGCGGAGCAGGCCCGUGGAAUUCCCUGGCUCUGUGCACCUUGUCCCUGUAGCCUGCGUGCGGAGAGCCCUGAAGGACGUGCAGGUGCAGGCAGGCCAGGAUGCCCAGUUCUCCCUGGAGCUCUCGGCCUCCGUGGCGGGGAGCUGGUUCCUGAACGGGGCGAAGCUGGAGGAGGAAGAGGAAGGCCAGCGCUACUGCAUAAAGCGCAGCGGGACGGCGCACUCCCUGCUGCUCCGCGGCGUGCGGCUGGCGGAGAGCGGGGCCGAGGUCAAGUUUGUGUCCAGUGGCGUGCGGGACUCCGCCACUCUGCGGGUGCAAGCCCCACAGGUGCGCAUCGCCCCGGUGCCCGAGGCCCGGCGCCUCCAGGAGCUCCUGGCAGGGCUGCCGCUGCUCCUCGAGUGUGAGGUCUCCACGCCCGACGCCCCUGUGCGCUGGCUCAAGGACGGGGAGGCUGUGCCCUCGGAGGGUGUCGUCGCCCUGCAGGCAGAGGGCUGCACUAGGAGGCUGUUUAUCCGCUCUGCCCGCCCCUCAGACUCCGGGACGUACACGUGUGACGCGGGCGAGGAUGCGCUGAGCUUCGCAGUGACCGUGAGCGAGCCGCCCGUGAGGAUCGUCAGCUCUAACGAGGACGCCGCGCACACCUACCUGGCCUCGGAGCGCGUGGUGCUGGCGUGCGAGCUGUCCCGUGCCGACCCCCCGGUGCAGUGGUACAAGGACGGGGUGGAGGUGGAGGAGGGCGAGCACCUGCUCCUGGAGCGCGAGGGGCCCCAUCGCAGGCUCGUCAUCCCCUCGGCCCGUCCGCAGGACACGGGGGAGUUUGUGUGCGACGCGGGCGGCGACUCCGUCUUCUACAACAUCACAGUGACAGAGCCGCCCGUGAGGAUCGUCAGCUCUAACGAGGACGCCGCGCACACCUACCUGGCCUCGGAGCGCGUGGUGCUGGCGUGCGAGCUGUCCCGUGCCGACCCCCCGGUGCAGUGGUACAAGGAUGGGGUGGAGGUGGAGGAGGGCGAGCACCUGCUCCUGGAGCGCGAGGGGCCCCAUCGCAGGCUCGUCAUCCCCUCGGCCCGUCCGCAGGACACGGGGGAGUUUGUGUGCGAUGCGGGCGGCGACUCCGUCUUCUACAACAUCACAGUGACAGAGCCGCCCGUGAGGAUCGUCAGCUCUAACGAGGACGCCGCGCACACCUACCUGGCCUCGGAGCGCGUGGUGCUGGCGUGCGAGCUGUCCCGUGCCGACCCCCCGGUGCAGUGGUACAAGGACGGGGUGGAGGUGGAGGAGGGUGAGCACCUGCUCCUGGAGCGCGAGGGGCCCCAUCGCAGGCUCGUCAUCCCCUCGGCCCGUCCGCAGGACACGGGGGAGUUUGUGUGCGACGCGGGCGGCGACUCCGUCUUCUACAACAUCACGGUGACAGCCCCACAGGUGCGCAUCGCCCCGGUGCCCGAGGCCCGGCGCCUCCAGGAGCUCCUGGCAGGGCUGCCGCUGCUCCUCGAGUGCGAGGUCUCCACGCCCGACGCCCCUGUGCGCUGGCUCAAGGACGGGGAGGCUGUGCCCUCGGACGACAUCGUCGCCCUGCAGGCAGAGGGCUGCGCCAGGAGGCUGUUUAUCCGCUCUGCCCGCCCCUCAGACUCCGGGACGUACACGUGUGACGUGGGCGAGGAUGCGCUGAGCUUCGCAGUGACCGUGAGCGAGCCGCCCGUGAGGAUCGUCAGCUCUAACGAGGACGCCGCGCACACCUACCUGGCCUCGGAGCGCGUGGUGCUGGCGUGCGAGCUGUCCCGUGCCGACCCCCCGGUGCAGUGGUACAAGGACGGGGUGGAGGUGGAGGAGGGCGAGCACCUGCUCCUGGAGCGCGAGGGGCCCCAUCGCAGGCUCGUCAUCCCCUCGGCCCGUCCGCAGGACACGGGGGAGUUUGUGUGCGACGCGGGCGGCGACUCCGUCUUCUACAACAUCACGGUGACAGAGCCCCCAGUGAGGAUCCUGUGCCCCCAGGAGCGCUCCCUGGAGCUGCGGGCUCUGGCGCUGCAGCGCCUGGAGCUGAGGUGCGAGCUGUCUAGAGCAGACGCCCAGGUGUGCUGGUUCAAGGACGGGCUGGAGGUGGAUGAGACAGAGAACCUGCUGCUGCGGGCAGAGGGGCCCCUGCGCUGGCUGAUUGUCCCGCAGGCCCGGGCCGAGGAUGCCGGCGAGUACAUCUGUGAGACAAGGGACGAGUCCGUCUCCUUUGACGUCAGGGUGUCAGAGCCCCCGGUGAAGAUCCUGCAGCCGCGGCGAGCUCCCCACACCCUGAAGGCUGUUGUGGGGGAGACGGUGACUCUGGCCUGCGAGCUCUCGCGCGGGAACGUGCCGGUGCAGUGGGUUAAGGAUGGCACCAGGCUGGAAGCUGGCGGCAGCCUGAUCCUGGAGGAGGAGGGUGCCCAUCGGCGGCUGGUCAUCCCUGCGGCUGGAGUGGAGCAUUCUGGGAAGUACGUCUGUGAUGCGGCUGAUGACACCAGGACGUUUACUGUCCAAGUGUGUGACCCUCCCGUGACGAUCCUGGGGCGGAGUGAGCUGCAGACCCACCGCCGCUGCCUGGCCGCGGAGGACCUGGUGCUGGAGGUGACGCUCUCCCAUGCCCACGGAGAGGUGAAGUGGUACAAGGAUGGUGAGAAGUUGCAGGACAUGGGGCGUGUGCGUCUGGAGGAAGACGGGGCGCGGCGCGCACUGGUCAUUCUGGGCAUGGAGAGCAAGGAUGCGGGGGAGUAUCUGUGUGACAGCCAUGACGACAGCCUCAUCUUCUGUGUCGCCGUGGAAGAGCCCCCUGUGUGCAUUGUGAGGAGCAAGGGGGUCCGGGAGCAGCAGUGCCUGGCGGCCGGCGAUGACUUGGUGGUGGCCUGCGAGGUGUCUCGGCCCAGCGCUGCCGUCCGCUGGCUCAGGGAUGGCCAGGAGCUGGUGCCCAGCGAACGGGUCCGGAUUGAGGACCGGGGAGCUCUCAGGCAGCUGACCAUCCUCGGGGCCCAGCCCAGCGACUCUGGCUCCUAUGUUUGUGACGCUGUUGGUGACCAAAUGGUGACGACCGUGGAGGUGGCAGCGCCCCCCGUUCGCGUGGUGAAUAAGGAGGAGGCCGAGAUGCCCGUGGAGGUCCUGGAAGGGGAGAGUGUCACGCUGGUUGCCCGGCUCUCCCAGGAACAGGCUCCUGUCCAAUGGCUGAAGAACAAGCGGGCGCUGCGUUCGGGGGCGCGGCUCCUCCUGGGCACCCAGGGGCCCUCGCACAGCCUCACCAUCAAGCAGACGGAGCUGGGCGACAGCGGCACCUUCAGCUGUGACACUGGGGACGACGAGGUGCACUUCACCCUGCGCGUGGGAGAGGCUCCAGUGGUGUUUGUGAACAAGCAGGAGAAGCCGGAGAAGGUGCUGGUGCUGGAGGGGGGCAGUGCCGUGCUCUCAGCCAUCGUCUCCAAGGAGCAGGCUGGAGUGAGCUGGAGGGGGCCCCAGCAGCCCCUGGCAGCAGGGCAGCGCUGCGAGCUGCGGCGAGAGGGCCGGGUGCACAGCCUGGUGCUGAGCAACGUGGGCAAGGACGACGCCGGCCUCUACACCUGCCUCUCCCACCAUGACCAGAUGCAGUUUGAAGUGAGCGUGAAAGAGCUGCUGGUGAAAUUUGUGCGAGGCUUGUCGGACGUGCAGGCGCACGUGGGCGAGACAGUGCUGCUGUGGUGCGAGCUGUGCAAAGCCAAGGGGCAGGUGGUGUGGCUGAAGGAUGGGCAGGAGCUGGAGCCCAGCGGCAGGUGGGAGAUCAAGGCAGAGGGGCGGGAGCGGUCCCUGGCGCUGAGCAAUGUGGGGCCUGAGGAUGCCGGCGAGUACUCCUGCGAGUCCAAGGAUGACCAGACGCUGGCCAUGGUGACUGUGCAGGUGCCCAGGGUGGUGGAGAUCCUCUCGGAGCUGCACAGCGUGACGGUGCUGGAGGGGGAAGACGCCACAUUCAAGUGCCUGGUGUCCCCGGAUGACGUGGCCCUGACGUGGCAGCUGAACGGCCAGGCUGCCACCUCCUGCGAGCGGCUGGUGGUGACCAGGAACGGGCUGUGCCAGGCCCUGACCAUCCGGCAGUGCCAGCUGGGAGACGCAGGCACCGUCACAGCCCGCGCGGAGGGCCUGGUGAGCACAGCCCGGCUGAGCGUGCAAGAGGCCCAGGUGCUGUUUGUGCGGAAGCUGCAGGACGUGGUGGCCGAGGAGCUGCAGGACGCGGUGCUGCAGGUGGAGCUGAGCUGCGAGGCGGGCGAGGUGCACUGGCUGAAGCAGGGGGUGCUCAUCCAGCCGGGCAGCAAGUACCAGCUGCAGGAGGCCGGGCGCAGACGGGGCCUGACCAUUCGCAGCCUCAGCCCCUCGGACCGCGGCACCUACCGCUGCGAGAGCCUCCACGACCGGACGCAGGCCAAGCUGAGCGUGGAGCCCCGAAAGGUGUCUGUGCGGAAGCCACUGUCGGACAUGGAGACCUUUGAGAAGGAGACAGCCACGUUCCAGCUGGAGCUGUCCCAUGCCGACGUGCCCGGGGUGUGGACGCGGGACGGCAUCCGGGUGAAACCCAGCCGGACCUGCCGGGUCAGCGCCACGGGCUGCGUGCACAGCCUGACACUGCUGGGGCUCACGCUGGAGGAUUCGGGCACCGUCACCUUCACCGCCGACACCCUGCGUUCCAGCGCCCGCCUGACAAUCAGAGAGCCGCCAGUUGCCAUGGUGAAGGCCCCCCGGGACGUGGGUGUCCCUGAGACAGGGGCUGCCAGCUUCGAGUGCGAGCUGUCCCGCCCCAUUGCGGAGGUGAAGUGGUACAAGCAGGACGGGACGGUGCUCCGAGCCGGGCCCAAGUGCCGCAUCUACUCAGUGGGCCGCCGGCGCCUGCUGCAGCUCAGCCACUGCAGCCUGGACGAUGCAGGGGAGUACACGUGCGACGCAGGCGACUGCCGGGCCUCCGCCACGCUGCGGGUCUACGAGCGCCAGGUGCAGAUCGUGCAGGAGCUGGCGGACGUGCGUGUGCGUGAGAACGAGAACGCCGUCUUCACCUGCCAGGUCUCGCACGAGGACGUGAAGGGCGAGUGGUUCAGGGACGGCGAGAAAAUCAAAGUCACCAGCACUGUGAAAAUUCGGCAAGAGGGCCCCAGGCACUUCCUGCUCAUCUGCAACGUGCGCCCGGAGGACGCGGGAUGCAUCCGGUUCGUGGCCAAGGCAGCUGCCUCCGACGCCAGCCUGCAGGUGGAGGCACUCCCUAUCCGGAUCAUAAAGCCGCUGCGUGACAAGACGGCGCUGGCGCGGCACAAGGCCACGCUGGAGUGCACCGUGUCGCAGGCACGCGGCCGCGUGCGCUGGUUCCGCGGCGACACCGAGAUCUUCGCCAGCGACAAGUAUGAGAUCUGCAACCUCGACUGCUAUCGCACCCUCAUCAUCCACCGCGUGGGGCCGGAGGACGAGGCCUCCUACACCUGCGACGCCUUUGACGACCGCUCCACCGCCCGCCUGCUGGUGGAGGGGCAUUAGGUGCUGGCGUUGGACGAGCCCGACCGGAUGGGUCCUGGCUGCCCACUAACCACUCCAGUGCCCCAGGUCGCUGGGUGACAUCCUGUCCCCGCCCCCCCCCGAGCAGGGCAGUGCCCUGGGCAGGGGGUGCUCUGGGGUGACCCCCACUCCCAACGCGGCUGAAUCGACCUCGCAGUGGGACUCUACGUUUCCCUGCUCCUCCGCAACACAAGGGCAGGCCUCCAUUUCCACCCCCACCCUGCUCCUUGCGACCGAGGGGCUGUGGGGGCAGGGAGCAGCUCAGGGGGCCUGGCAGCCUGGGGACCAGGGAAAAGCCCCACGUCUCCCCCCCAAAGCCCCAUGGGGGAUGGGCAGAAAGGGCCUGGGCUGGCAAGUCUCCUGGGGUGGGGGUGCUGAGCCCCAACAGGACCCGCAGGGGCUGCUCCAGCAGCUUCUGCGCACUUGGGUGGGGCAGUGCUGGGGGGGGGGGGCGGGGGCUGGGUCUUGACAGAGAGGAACUGUAGCCAAAUGGUGCCCUUGUGAGGGGGAGGGGGCAGGUGUCCCCACAGACCCUCCCUCCAGCCCCUGUCCUGUACACCCACAAAUCACCUGGCAGUGCUCCUGCCCCUGUGACAAAUUAGGAAAGUGCUUCAUUUUUUCACUGAAUAGUGUGUGUGCCUCAGUUUCCCCUGUGUGUUACUCAAGUAUCUAGGUCAGGG